AUGGAUGCCGAUGUCGAUGCGAUCGAUAUCGAUGAUGAUGAUGACGACGAUACUGGUAUAUUCAGCAUCGCCAAUGACUGCCAAAGUGAGGACGAUGACGCCCUCACUGGUGAAAACAAUGUUCUUUCAGCAGUGCACACGAAGCCGACUGCUGUUGACAAGGAGGAAUCAGCAGAGGAAUUUCUGCCGACUCGCGAAGCAGUUUUCCGCUUCGUUCAAGACUCUAUUGCAGUAGCUAGACAGACAAAAAAGAAACGCAGACAAACAGGAAGAGCAAUGUUCUUUCAUUUGAUGCAGGAGGCCUAG